AGCUGUGGCUGUGGCAACAAAACCAUCUCACCUCUGCUGAGAUUUUACUGCAUCAUCUGGAUUUUUCCGUCAUACUGUUGGACCAUUGCGUUAAAAUAGAUUAUUUAUCUGUGACACUCUCAUCAAUCCACAAGAGGAAAACUCAGUUCUUUCUUCAGAGGCACAGCUUCUCCUGAGGAGUGUCCAAUACUGAAGCAGUGAUGAUGGGUGUGUGGGCCAGAGCAGUGGCUUUGUUUUUAGUGCUGCAGCAGCUGGUGGUCACUGUCACAGCUCAAGGCAUUGUCUACGACCUGCUGAACUCUCCAGACUGCCUGCCAGACUUGCUCCAAGGAAGCUUGAAGAACAAAGGGCGAGAUGAGGCUUUCCUCCUCUCUUCCUUCAGGCUUCACAACAAGGCCCCCACCUCCCUCUACAGCGUCAUCAACCCCAAAGACAACACCAAGUACCUGGAACUCAGCGUGCAGGCCAAACUGAGCAAGAUGACCGUUCGUUACCAAAAGACUGAUGGCAGAUUUGGCACAACCAGUUUCAACCACGCCUCCCUGGCUGAUGGUCAGGAACACCAUGUGAUACUACAUGCCAUUGGCCUACAGCGUGGUCCACCUCGCCUCAAUAUCUAUAUAGACUGCAGACUGGUGCACACUUUAGAUGAUCUGCCAGCUGCAUUUGGGUCACUCCCACCUGGUCCCAACAAGGUGGCGCUUAGGACCCUGCAGUCAAUGAGACAGGAUGAACUGACAGACUUGAAGCUGGUGAUAGAGGACACCAUAGACAAUGUGGCCACUCUGCAGGACUGUAGCGAGGACCAGGUUGAAUCUGUGCAGCUGCUGGGUAUCCAAGGAGGCAGGACAAUACAUGACCAGGCCACAAUGUGGGAGCUGAAGAGCAUGAUAUCGGAGAUGAAGGAGCUGCUACAACAGCAGAUUAAGGAGACAAAUUAUCUGAGGAAUACCAUCGCAGAGUGUCUUGCCUGUGGUCUUGGAGGCAGUCCAACCAACCCAGCUCCAGAUCCAAGUCCUGGCAAAGUUAUUAUGCAGCCUCAGCCUCUGACUCAGUGCCCAGCUGGGACCUGUUUCAGACAGAACAUGUGCAUUCGUACAGAGACAGGUUUCCAGUGUGCCCCCUGUCCAGAUGGAUAUACAGGAGAUGGGAUACAAUGUGACGACGUGGAUGAGUGCCAGUUUAACCCAUGCUUCCCUGGUGUUCGGUGUAUAAACACUGCUCCUGGUUUUCGCUGUGGGCAGUGCCCUCUGGGAUACACUGGACCAGAGAUAAAUGGAGUGGGAGUGAACUAUGCUAAGUCACACAAACAGGUGUGUGAGGAUAUAGAUGAGUGUUUGCACCCGCCUGAGAAUGGAGGUUGCACUGCCAACUCGCACUGCCACAACACUAUAGGCUCCUUCCGCUGUGGAGGGUGUAAAAGCGGUUUCACAGGUGACCAGGUGGGAGGUUGCCAUGGCACCAGGCUUUGCCCCAAUGGUCAACCCAACCCCUGUGACAUCAAUGCGGAGUGUGUUGUAGCAAGAGACGGCAGCAUUAGCUGUGUGUGUGGCAUUGGUUGGGCAGGUAAUGGCUAUGUGUGUGGAAAGGACACAGAUAUUGACGCAUAUCCUGACAACAAGCUCCAGUGCAGAGACAACCACUGUAAAAAGGAUAACUGUGUGUUUGUGCCAAACUCCGGCCAAGAGGACGCAGACAGGGAUGGGUUGGGUGACUCCUGUGAUGAUGAUGCAGACAGUGAUGGAAUUGCUAACAUAGAUGACAAUUGCUGGCUCGUUCCUAAUGUGGACCAAAGGAACAGUGAUAAGGAUGUCCAUGGCGAUGCCUGUGACAACUGCAGGAUGGUUGAAAACCCCACACAGAAGGAUACAGAUCAAGACGGACUGGGAGAUGAAUGUGAUGAUGAUAUGGAUGGGGACGGCCUAAAGAAUAUUCUUGACAACUGCCAGGGGGUCCCCAACCCAGACCAAAAAGACAGAGACAACGAUGGGGUGGGAGAUGCUUGUGAUAGCUGCCCUGAUAUGGUCAACCCUAACCAGUCUGACUCAGAUGAUGACCUUGUAGGAGAUACCUGUGACGACAACAUAGACAGUGACGGUGACGGCCACCAGAACACAAAGGACAACUGUCCCAAAAUUAUCAACUCCUCACAGCUGGACACUGACAAGGAUGGAAUGGGAGAUGAGUGUGAUGACGAUGACGAUAAUGACGGCAUCCUGGACACAGAUGACAACUGCCGACUAGUUGCCAACUCAGACCAAAAGGACACAGAUAACAACGGAGUGGGAGACGCAUGUGAAGGAGACUUUGACAAAGACAAUGUCAUCGACAUAAUCGAUCACUGCCCCGAGAAUGCUGAGGUCACCCUGACCGACUUCAGAGCCUAUCAGACUGUAGUGCUGGACCCAGAGGGGGACUCUCAGAUUGACCCCAACUGGGUUGUCCUCAAUCAGGGCAUGGAGAUAGUACAGACCAUGAACUCUGACCCUGGCCUUGCUGUAGGCUACACAGCGUUCAGCGGAGUUGACUUUGAGGGAACAUUCCACGUGAACACAGUGACAGAUGACGACUAUGCUGGCUUCAUCUUCGGCUACCAGGACUCCUCCUCCUUCUAUGUGGUGAUGUGGAAACAGACAGAACAAACAUACUGGCAGGCUGCGCCCUUUAGAGCUGUUGCUGAUCCAGGAAUACAACUCAAGGUUGUGAAGUCUAAGACUGGUCCUGGUGAGUAUCUGAGGAACUCCCUGUGGCACACAGGAGACACUCCCGAGCAGGUCCGUCUCCUGUGGAAGGACCCCAGGAAUGUUGGCUGGAAGGACAAGGUCUCCUACCGCUGGUUCCUCCAGCACAGACCACAGGUUGGAUACAUCAGGGCUCGCUUCUUUGAGGGUUCUGAGCUGGUGGCGGACACAGAGAUGAUUAUCGACACCAGCAUGAGAGGCGGGAGACUGGGCGUGUUCUGCUUCUCUCAGGAAAAUAUCAUCUGGUCCAAUCUGAAGUACCGCUGCAACGACACUAUUCCUGCUGACUACCGGGAUCUCAAUGCCCAGCACACACAGUGAAGUCAGAGAAGGGGGGCGAUCCAUCAAGGAAACAACUUGAGUCCUGUUGAAUAUGUGGAUGAAAAGAGCAGAGCUGCACUGCUGAGAACAGAAGCAGCGGACAUGAGUUAGAGAAAGAUGAAUGUUAGAGUGAACAUGACAGUUUUGGUAAAAGACUGGACUUGAUUGUAUUUUUAACAAGUGAGAGGAUCUUAGGAAAACAUAACAUUGGGCAUUAUAUACUUUAAUUCAGUGUAACUGAAUUUAGUACGUUCUUGUAUAAAUCAUCAACUGGGUUCUUUGUAUGUCAAUGAAAUAUCAUCUGUGAUUUUAUCAGUAUUUUAUGAGUACUGUUUAAGAUGCAGUCCUGUUUUUGAAUAUAUUGUAAGUACAAUAAAAUUCUGAGCAUUUCAUAAAAUCAAACAGGUUCUAUCUCAAUUUUUUUCAUGAGAUCAUUGUGUGUUAUUU